CCCGGUUGCGUUGUCGCGGCGGUAGCCAGGGUCCCUAGGCCGAGCCUGUGCGUGGAUGCUGCCCGUGGGGCUCCGGCUGUGACACCAUGUACGGAUUUGUGAAUCACGCCUUGGAGCUGCUGGUCAUCCGCAAUUACGGCCCCGAGGUGUGGGAAGAUAUCAAAAAAGAGGCCCAGUUAGAUGAAGAAGGACAGUUUCUUGUCAGAAUAAUAUAUGAUGAUUCCAAAACUUAUGAUUUGGUUGCUGCUGCAAGUAAAGUCCUCAAUCUCAAUGCUGGGGAAAUCCUCCAAAUGUUUGGGAAGAUGUUUUUUGUCUUCUGUCAAGAAUCUGGUUAUGACACCAUCUUGCGUGUCCUGGGAUCCAAUGUGAGAGAAUUUCUGCAGAACCUUGAUGCUCUGCACGAUCACCUUGCUACCAUCUACCCAGGCAUGCGUGCACCUUCCUUCAGGUGUACUGAUGCGGAGAAGGGCAAAGGACUUAUUCUGCACUACUACUCAGAGAGAGAAGGACUGCAGGAUAUUGUCAUUGGGAUCAUCAAAACUGUUGCUCAACAAAUACAUGGCACUGAAAUAGACAUGAAGGUUAUUCAGCAAAGAAAUGAAGAAUGUGAUCAUACUCAAUUUUUAAUUGAAGAAAAGGAGUCAAAAGAAGAGGAUUUUUAUGAGGACCUUGACAGAUUUGAAGAAAAUGGCACCCAGGAGUCACGUAUCAGCCCAUAUACCUUCUGCAAAGCUUUUCCGUUUCACAUCAUCUUUGACCGGGACCUAGUAGUCACUCAGUGUGGCAAUGCCAUAUACCGAGUGCUCCCCCAGCUCCAGCCUGGGAACUGCAGUCUUCUCUCUGUCUUCUCUCUGGUUCGUCCUCAUAUUGACAUUAGUUUCCAUGGGAUCCUUUCACACAUCAAUACAGUGUUUGUGUUGAGAAGCAAGGAAGGACUGCUGGAUGUAGAGAAACUAGAAUGUGAAGGUGAACUGACUGGGACAGAGAUCAGCUGCUUACGCCUCAAAGGUCAAAUGAUCUACUUACCUGAAGCAGAUAGCAUACUUUUCCUUUGUUCACCAAGUGUGAUGAACCUUGACGACUUGACAAGGAGAGGACUGUACCUGAGUGACAUCCCUCUACACGAUGCCACGCGUGACCUCGUUCUUUUGGGAGAGCAGUUUAGGGAGGAAUACAAACUGACACAGGAACUGGAAAUCCUCACGGACAGGCUGCAGCUCACAUUAAGAGCUCUAGAAGAUGAAAAGAAAAAGACCGACACACUGCUGUAUUCUGUCCUUCCUCCAUCUGUUGCCAAUGAGCUGAGACAUAAGCGUCCAGUGCCUGCCAAAAGAUAUGACAAUGUGACCAUCCUCUUCAGUGGCAUUGUGGGCUUCAAUGUGUUCUGCAGCAAGCAUGCCUCUGGUGAAGGAGCCAUGAAGAUUGUCAACCUUCUCAAUGAUCUCUACACCAGAUUUGACACACUGACUGAUUCACGGAAAAACCCAUUUGUUUAUAAGGUGGAGACUGUUGGUGACAAGUACAUGACAGUGAGUGGUUUGCCCGAGCCAUGCAUCCACCACGCACGGUCCAUUUGCCACUUGGCCUUAGACAUGAUGGAAAUUGCUGGCCAGGUUCAAGUAGAUGGUGAAUCUGUUCAGAUAACAAUAGGGAUACACACUGGGGAGGUGGUGACCGGCGUCAUAGGACAGAGAAUGCCUCGAUACUGUCUCUUUGGAAACACUGUCAACCUCACUAGCAGAACAGAAACCACAGGAGAAAAGGGGAAAAUUAAUGUGUCUGAAUACACAUACAGGUGCCUUAUGUCUCCAGAAAAUUCAGAUCCCCAAUUUCAGUUGGAGCACAGAGGCCCUGUGUCCAUGAAGGGCAAAAAAGAACCAAUGCAAGUCUGGUUCUUAUCCAGAAAAAGCACAGGGACAGAGGAAAUAAAUCAGGAUGAUAACUGAACCUCUUCCCUUGGGAUGGAGGCCUGCAGAUGAAGAUUCUGUGAUCUCCAGACACCAAGCCAAGGAUAAGAUUCUGAUUUUUUUGACUGUCCUCUUUGAUUUUUUUCCCUGUACUCUUAAGUCAAUUUCAUACUAUCCAUUGUUCAGUAUUCACUUUGCUUUGAUUAUUUUUAAGAUUUUCAUAUAUUAUGUAAAGUUUGGCUUUUAAUGUGGAUGAUGUGCAUUUCAUGUGUCUUAAAAUCUACUGCAAGGAUAACCUUAACUGUUGAUGCCUGCAAGUGGUAGGCAUCCAAUAAAUAUUUGUUGAAUUUAAAUAAAAUGGAAGAGUAUUUUGCUGUGUGUGUAUGUAUAUAAUCAUGCUUCACCAAAUCUGUUUAAUGCUCCAUAUAUAUGUAUAUGUAUAUUUUAAUGACUAUAACCUAGAACAAACUUUAUAUCAUAUUUGGUGUAUAUCAUUAUAGAAAUCAUUUUGUAAUGGAGUGAAUCUAAGUUUUAGGAAAAGAUGAUAUUUAUUUUCAGACUUCCAAAGUAAGAAUUAAUACCAUGCUAAGGAAAGAGUGACUAUUUUAAAGUAUGCUAAUUUUCUUUUGAAAAUAUAAUACACAUUAUGAUGAUUAAAUCAUUGGAUUCAAGUCAUGUAGCAAUCAUAAUUUGUUUGAAGUGCUAUCAUUUAUAUUGUAAUAAAAUUUACAUUUCACUGGGCACUGGUGACUCAUGUUUGUAAUCUUAGCUACUCAGAAGGCUGAGAUG